UCAAAAUCGUUGCAUUAUGUUUAAUUACAUUUCAACAACACACGAAAUGUCUCGUCUAUGAUCCUCGACUAUGACGUUAUUUUAAUUACUCAAUGUCAAGUCAACAAUUAAAUUUUCAAGUGUCGAUCGUUACAAUUAAUUUUUGGUUGCGGUUUUUUUUUGCACCGUUCAACCUGCACACAGUCGUUACAUACCUCGAAAGCAGACUGCUAACUACCCCGAACAAGACUAUUUGUAAAUGAUUCGACCUGUAGCGGUAAUGGUAUUAGUCGUGCUAUCGUUUCUGAACUUGGCGACGUCCGUAGCCGCUGCGGGAACGACGUCGUUAGCCGACGAGGUUUCAAUGUCGGUGGUUUCUGCCCAAAAUAACAGCGGUGGGUCCCCGGCCGAGUUGUUCGACUGCCUGGCGAACGUCACCCGAACGUACUUUGACCGACGGACCGUUUACAUGUAUUUCCGACAGUCGGAAACAGCGGGGUACAGUGCAGUGGUGGACGCAUUCGCCAUGGCUGUGCAGAGCCCCAAAGUGAUAGUGCCGUAUUCGUCGUUUACCACGCAGGACCCGUCGCAACAGCAGACGAGGGGCGGUGUGUUCGUGUUCCUGGCCGAAGACAUGUUGUACACGCAAAUGCUGGACGCCAAGCAGCGGAGUCACUUCGUGGCGGUGUGGACAAAGCAAAUGCCCAUGAACAACAUUCGGCGCACAUUCCGGCACUUCUGGGACGUGGGCAAGCAAGUAAACGUGAUCGGGCUGGUCCGAAUGGACGGCGGUGGCGUGAACGCAUACACUUUCCGACCGUUUUCCAACUACGGGUGCAACAAGCUGGGACGGCCUUUUCUGCUGGACCGUUGGGUGGACGGCCGGUUCACGGUGGGCGCCGACCUGUUCUCCAGCAAGCCGAAGACCGGCAACAUGCUCGGCUGUCCACUCCGGUGCGCCGGCAACGAACAUCCCCCGGACACGGUGUUGCGGCCGGGCGACGGCACGCCACAGCAGCCGCCGUGGACCACAUCCGGCGUCGGUGGCAAGGUACUGGAGAUCGUGGCUAGACACAUGAACUUCACGCCGGUCAUCAUGUCGCCGAAAGGUGACAUGUCAGAGAUGUACAGCUGGUACUACAGCGCCGAAGUGUUAGAUAACAUAACGGCUAUGCUGUACUCGGAGGAAGCUGACUUGGCGUUCGGCUGGUAUUCGUACGCCACGCACAAUAGCGCGGACACCAACACCAACACUGAACUGGCUCGGACCACGAGUAUCGACUGUCUGGGGUGGGCCGUUCCGUACCGGGCUGGCCCGCCACCGCAGCCUUGGACUAAUUACGUUUACGAGUUUGACAAAAUCGGGUGGUUAUUCAUUGGCUCGAUGUUCGUAAUUGUUGUCGGAGUGUUCCAUUUCUUUCGGAAGCUGAAAAAGCUGCACCGCGUGGACUCCGUACUGUUUUUCGUGUACCACACGGCCAUCGACCAGCCGCUGGGCGUGCGGCCCGUCUGGUGCAGUCUCCGGGCGUUCAUGGUGCACUGGCUGUGGUACUGCAUGGUCAUCAACGUGGCGUACAAAGCGUCGCUGGGCAGUUUCAUGACGGUACCCGCGCACGGUGCAGAGUUCACCCGGAUGGAAGAGAUACUGGACUCGAAGCUGAUCACGAUGGCCACGCCGCGGUCGAUGCACAUAAUGAACGCGACGACGGCCACCACGCGCAUAUCGCGGACGUUCAUGAAGCGGCUCCAGCUGCUGCCGCCCACCAACUUCGAGCGGAUCAUCGACCGGCUGGUGGUGAAGCGCGACAUCGCCCUGUUCGAGGUCAAACGGUUCAUGUACUACUAUUCCAUACCCCAGGCCAAGCGCAUCAAGGUCAAGAUACCCAUACGGUUUCUGCCCGGCUGUCUGUUGCGCACCCACACCACGCAGUUCAUGUUCAACGGUGGCUCGUACCUCGCCGAACCCGUCAACGCCGUGCUCAGCACGCUCUUCGAGACCGGCAUCGUCGACCACUGGAUCACGCACUUGGGCUCCAACAAGGUGCUACCGCUGGAGAAAAUCCGCGGCCGGGUACUGAAGCUGGCCCGGCUCAAAGAACCGUUCCUGUUCCUGUUUUUCAGCUAUGCCGUUGCGUCCGUCGUGCUCGUCGUCGAGAUCUGCUGGUCCGCGAGACUGCACCGGCGGCUGUUAUCGUGGAACGUCCUGCAGCGGACGCGUCUGGUCCGAUCUCCGAUGGCGGCCACUGAUCGCAAUUAGUAGUAUCACGCAGGCAGAAGUAGUAUGUAGUAUUGAUAGAAGUCAAGUUUCUGUUCGUCUACUGACAUUAUAUGAAUUAUACGGCACUCAACAAUAUUUUUAUGACUAAUAUCAUAAUAGGUAUAUAAUAGUACCAAAUAUUUCGCUCGUCACGGUAACUAUGCUUAAAUUGUCUUUAUAUAUAUAUAUAUAACCUCAUCAUAUAUACUCAUCAUCAUAGUUCAUCACGGAUCGGUUUAGUUUCGUGAAGGAAUAUUUUAAUAAUUGCAGAUCACUGCUUCAAAAUAAUGAUAUAAUACUGUAAAAAAUAUAAUUUAAAAAAAGUAGGUAAAUGAGCACCACUCAACUGUAUAUUUAGUGUUGAGUGCGUCACUAUUACAAGCCUGUUGAGUUUGAAUUCAACGAUAAAUAAUAUUGUAUAUACGAUAAACCUAACCAAUGUUAUUAUUAUUAAUACAUUAUUCAAAUAUGUAUUAUUCAGUUAAGUAUAUUUAAUAGAUAAAAUUAAGCUUAAAGCUAGAAAUAUUUAUUCAAGCACAUAUUAUAUUAUUCUGUUUUAAUACCUAUUAGGUAUGAUAUGUUUAUUUGAAAUAGACACUAUUACAUUUACACAAUUGAGUAUAAUUUAAUGUUACUUGAAACUUGAAACAUAGUAUAUAAUAAAAUUAUACGAGUUAACAAUGGAUAUUAACGUUAUAUGCUUUAAAAUACCUAUCCAUUAUUUAAAUUUAUUUAUUAGUAGUAAAUAAGACUAUAAUAAUAAAAGUAAUCGUACUCAUCGUGCCAAUUUUUUAAAUAUACACAUUUAAUACGUUAUAUAUUAUACAGGGUGAAGACUACGCCAUGAAUAAUUGUAAAUACUAACAAAAAUAAGGUAGGUAUGUAUAAAGUUAUAAGUUAUAACUUAUAAAAUAUAAAGAAAAAUAAUAUAUUGUUUUACAUUAUACAUAUUUCAUACUUCGCGCAAACAUAAAGAGUUGCACGGCAUAUAGUAUAGGCAAAAAAGGUACAUUAUUUAAAUGUGUUCAAUAUCAUUUUUAUAUACAAAAACAGGCCUUUUCUAUAUUGUACAAUGACUACAAUGCACUACAUUCCUGAUUAUAGUGAUUAUGCAUUUAUACUUAUAUACGCUAUUGAACUCUAAUUUUAUUUCAUUUUUUUUCACAGAGUUGUUCCAUAUACUUUUCUAAGUGUCCUCACGUCACCCUUUUUUAAAUGUUUACAAAAUUGUUAAACUCUAAAAAUGUUAGUAUUUAUUAUACAAAUAUUUGUAUUUAGUUCCAUAUUCCGUACAGGCGAAGCCGGGUAAUAAAUUCAGCUAGUGUCCAUAAUAUAUAAUUACAUAUUUUUAGCUUAGCGCUAAUUCGUUUCGUCUAGAAAAAGUAGUUGCACAAAACUUAACGUAUCUUUACUCGUUUUAAUCAUUGAACUAUACAAUAAUUAUUUGUUAUUAAAUAUUAUUAGUAGUUAUUAUAUAGUUCAAUGACAGUAAAAAAAUAUAAAUUCAUUAUUUGGAGUAACCUGAGUAGGUAACGACUUUACGUUGCAACAAUGUUACUUCUUGACU